AUGUUGUUGUUUUCAACAUUCGCAAUAUUCUUAUCAUGCGUCGCUGUUGUCUCAGCACACACAACAAUAGUUUAUCCACUUCCACGAGGACACCCGCUAAAUCCUAACGCUGCUGUAAAAGACUACACCUGCAUUACUGCACCAUUAACACCAUCUGGGAACUGUAGUACAGGGAAGCCCUUCCCAUGUGGUGGUUAUCCAAAGGACACCAAUAUCACCCAAGUUUUUUAUGCUGGUGACAUUAUUAGUGUGAAAUUCUGGACUUCGUCGGUUCCCAAUGGUCCACAACCGGGUUCCGAAAGCACUGAUCAAGCAAGACAUAAUGGUGGACUAUGUGAAUUCUCUUUAUCCUAUGAUGGGGGUAAAACUUACACAGUCAUCGCUACUUAUCAUCAAACAUGCCCAGAUAUCUUCUUUGAUUGGAAAGUAAAAAUUCCAGAUGCUGCUCCAUCAUGCGAUAAUCCUGGAAACUGUAUUUUCUCUUGGUCAUGGAUAAAUGCUAAUGGAAAUCGUGAAUUCUAUCAAAAUUGUGCUGAUAUUAAACUCAUUGGCAAUUCAACAAGACCAUUACCAAUUAUUGAUAUUACUCGAGCAAAUUUACCUCCACUAUUCACUAAUAAUGUAACUCCACCGGGUGAUCCAGCUAAUACUGGCAAUUUUAAAGGAUCCGGUCCUUCUUCUUACGAUAUUUCCGCUAAUUUGGCUCUUAAUAUUGGUGGAAUUGACCCUGAUUUGCUUUCACGCGAUGGGAGCAAUGCAGUUUUAAUUGGGAAAAAAAUUUAUUACAUCGGUGGUAGAACAAACUCUCAAAAAGUCAAAACAUAUCUAUUGGAUUUAUCAUCAGACUUUAUGGUAACUAAUCCAAAUUUCACUCAAGUUUUUGGACUUGAAAAUAUGGCAUCACCUGCCUGGACUGCUGCUUGCCUAGAAAAAGAAGAUAAUUCUAUUUAUAUAUUUGGUGGAAGGGAUGCAUCACAAUCGGCUUUACCCAAACUAAACACAAUGUACAAAAUAAAACCAUCUAAUGACACUUUUUUGGAUUGGACAGCAGCAUCUUCACAAAAUCAAGGAAAUACAUGGCCAAGUGCACGUGAUGGAAUAAUGCCAGUUAUCAAUAAUCAAUCGAGAAUUUUCGUAUGGGGUGGGCUUAAUGAAGGGCAAGAUAAUAAAACAAUGUAUGUAUUUGCAUCGAACAAUUGGAUAAGUUAUAUUUUUGAUAACGCACCGAAUCCAAGAGCAUCUUAUUCGGCCACAUUAUUAGAUGAUGGUCGAAUCAUUUAUAUUGGCGGAAUUAGUAGAAAUCCAUAUCCAGAUGUUAAUUUUCUUGAGUUAUUGAUAUUUGAUACGACAAAACUUGAAUGGAAUAUACAACUAUCCAAAAGUGAUGAGCAAUUAAGAAAUCGAGCUUUCCAUUCAGCGUUACUUCAUUCGGAUUCUAUUUCUAUUAUUAUGUACGGAGGGCUUUACGAGCCUAUAGAAGACGAAAUUCCCAGUGAUGAUUCGGUGUGGAUAUUGAAUACUAACUCUUGGACGUGGUCCCAGCAAUCAAUUCCUAGCUUACCUUAUAUGAAUGUGACAAGAAAUCAUACUGCUGUUAUGUAUAAUGGAUAUAUGAUUAUAGCUUUCGGAGUUUAUGGAAAUAAUUCUUAUACACCUGAAGUAAAAGUUAUGGAUGUGUCAAAUUUAAGCUCAUUGUCUUGGGUUCCUGUUUACAAAGCAAGAACAUCUGAUUCAAGUUCAACUCCUACAAACGAUGAAGGCGACAAGAAAAUUAAGUUUAUUAUUAUUGGAUGUUCAAUCGGUGGUGGAUUUGUUAUUGUUGCGCUUGUGAUAUUUUUUAUCGUUAUGCGUAAACAUAAAUCUGAUUCUUCCGCAACACAAAAUGGAAGAAUCUCGAAAUAUUCUGAACAUUCGAACAAUGAACCAGUUCCUGCUGAUAUUAAUUCAACAGGAUUUCCAACCCAAAUUCAAAAUCCAAGACAUUCGAACAAUGAACCGGUUUCUGAUGAUAUUUCAAUAGGAUUACCAACAGGAUUUCCAACACAAAUUCAGAAUCCUGAUAUUUCAACGGGAUUUUCAACCCAAGUUCAGCCACCUCCUAUUCUGCGAUAUGAUCCAUUAUACCAACAAUAUGUGCCAAUGUAUCCAUCAUCGUAUCAACAUAACCCAAAUUCAUUAUACCCAUCACAUCAAUAUAAUCCGAAUUUAAUAUAUCAAUUUAAUCCGAAUAAUCAAAAUUAA